AUGGGAUACCACAGAAGACAAGAAGUAAAUUUCACUUCAGUGGUAGAAUUUGUUCUUCUGGGAUUUUCUGAUAUUCCCAAUCUCCAAACAUUCCUCUUUGUGAUGUUUCUCAUAAUAUAUGUGAUAAUCCUGAUAGGAAAUGGGGUCAUUAUUCUCCUCACCAGGGUGGACCAGGCUCUGCAGACACCCAUGUACUUUUUCCUCAGCAAUUUGUCCUUCUUAGAAAUCUGCUAUGUUUCUGCCACCCUUCCUUUAAUGCUUGUAAACCUCUGGACUUCCAAAGGAAACAUCCUUUUGUUUGCUUGUGCUGUCCAAAUGUGCUUUGUUCUCAUGCUUGGAGGGACAGAAUGCCUCCUCCUGACAGUGAUGGCCUAUGACCGCUAUGUGGCCAUUUGUUACCCUUUGCAAUACCCUCUGAUCAUGAACCACAAGGUGUGCUCCCAUUUGGUAGUUUUCUCCUGGCUCAGUGGAGUUCCGGUGGAAAUUGGGCAAACGUUUCAGAUUUUCUCUCUGCCCUUUUGUGGAUCCAACCAAAUCAACCACUUCUUCUGUGACAUCCCCCCCAUCCUCAGGCUGGCGUGUGGGGACACUUAUGUGAAUGAGACGUUGGUGUUCACAGUUGCUGUGCUGUUUGUUCUGAUCCCUUUUGUGCUGAUACUCGGCUCCUACAAGAAGAUCAUCUCCACAGUCUGGAGGUUACCUUCAGCAGCCGGACGCGCCAAAGCCUGCUCCACUUGCUCAUCACACAUCACAGUGGUGGUGUUGUUCUUUGGAUCUGCAAUCAUCACUUAUUUACGACCCACAUCACAACAUUAUUCCAGAACAGACAAAUUUCUCUCUCUGUUCUAUACUGUUGCCACUCCACUGUUGAAUCCCAUGAUAUACACCUUGAGGAAUAAAGAUGUCAUGGUUGCUUUGAAAAAAUUGGUACAUUAG